AUGUUCAAUUUCAUGCAAAAUUAUCAAAAUCCUAAUUCUCAAAAUUCUCAAAUUCCAUCAGUACCACCAAACCCCGCCAUAUUUUUUCAGUCACCAAACAAUUCAAAUAUGUAUCAAAAUCCUAAUCCUCAAAAUUCUCAAGUUCCACCAUUUUCUACUCAAGUUGGUGUUGAAAAAGAAGAAAGGGUUCUCGUUAAAAAAAAAUCUCGAGAGCAAUUUACAAGGGAUGAGGAUAUAUGUCUUAUCCAAUCAUGGCUCAAUGUUUCAAAGGAUCCAAUUGUGGGAGUUGAUCAAAAAGCUGAGAGUUUUUGGCAUAGAAUCGCUACAAAUUAUAACCAGUAUCGCGGGCAAUUGCGAGAAAAGUUAAGUGGUCAAUUAAAAUGUCGAUGGCAUCGAAUAAAUGCGUCGGUUCAAAAAUUUGUUGGGUGUUAUAGACAAGCUGUCAAUGGAAAGAAAAGUGGGACAUCGAAGAACGAUAUCAUGGCUGCUGCACAUGCUUUUUAUGCUCAAGAUCAAGGUACAACAUUCAAUCUUGAGUAUGCAUGGAGAUUGUUAAAAGAUGAAGCUAAAUGGGGCUUCAUCGGAGAAUCGAUUGGAAAUUCUUCAAAAAUGACACAGACUUCUGCUAGUGGGGCAUCAUCGGAGAUCCCUGAUACACCUUCAAGUUAUGAGUUUAACUCAUCAUCACCAAUGGAGCGUCUAAUGGGACAAAAGGCAGCAAAAAGGAAGGGUAAGGCAAAGGAAAUUUCAAAUGCAACGCAAGAUGCAAGGAAUAAAAGAGCAGAAACAAUGGAAAGACUUGCGCAAAGUAAGGAGGACGAGGUAGAAUUAAAGGAGUUAGUUGAAGAAGAAUUUAUGGACGACAGUGAUGAAGAACAACAUCUUCAAAAUGAAUGUCAAUUUGGAAGUUCCUCUAGGCCAAAGAGAAGAACUACGAUAGAUCGAGGUCGUGAAGAAGGGCACAAUCGGUUAUUCAAUGACUACUUCUCAGAAAAUCCAGUAUACACAGAUGUACAAUUCCGAAGAAGGUUCAAAAUGCAUAGGCAUGUGUUUCUUCGAAUUGUAGAUGCCCUCGGCAAUCAUGAUGAAUAUUUCCAAAUGAGGGUCGAUGCAACUGGUAAGAUGGGUCUUUCACCAUUGAAGAAAUGCACAUCUGCUAUUCGUAUGUUGGCAUAUGGGUCUCCCGCUGACAUUGUAGACGAAUAUGUUCGAAUCGGUGAAAGUACCUCAAUUGAGUGCUUAGAAAGAUUCGUUAAGGGCGUGAAUGUUGUAUUUGGGGCUGAGUAUUUGAGAAAGCCUAACAACACUGAUAUUGAACAUCUUUUACAAAUGGGUGAGUCACAUGGCUUUCCAGGUUCAAACAAUGACAUUAAUGUGUUAAACCAAUCCAAUGUGUUUAACGAUAUUUUGGAAGGACGUACUGCUAAUGUGCAAUAUACAAUCAAUGGAACUCCUUAUAAUAUGGGAAAGGAUGUGGAACGGGCAUUUGGAGUGCUUCAAUCUCGUUUUGCAAUAAUACGUGGUCCAGCGUGUGCUUGGCACAUGGAAAUCCUCAAGCAUACCAUAUAUGCUUGCAUCAUAUUGCACAACAUGAUUGUCGAAGACGAACGACACACAUAUGGAGGUGAUUUUGAUUACUCUUACGAUAAUGUCGGUAACAACAACUCAACGACUGAAACAUUUAACGGUCCUCAUCCGAAUCUUGCAACAAGACUACAAAGAAGAGCAACUCUUCGUGAAAAACAAGUUCAUCGCCAACUUCAAGGAGAUCUAGUCGAGCAUAUUUGGGAACGUUUUGGACAUGAGGACGAUGAAAAUUAA